GGGACCUAUUUUCCUAGAGGGGGGAAAAAGCACUGAUUACAACCAUUUGCCACGGUGGGAGCUGGAAGCCAGCAACACCUGGAGGACCACUGGUUACCCACCCUCUGCCCUUUCCUAUGAGCAGCUUUCCACCGCGUCGGAAGAGACGGCGACGGCGACAGGGCAGGACACAGAGCAACCCCGCCGUCACGCGAUGAGCUUAUCCGUCUAUCCCCGUUCGUAAGUCUAUGUUUCGGAAACGACGCAGGGCGCGCGCGGAGGCCGUCAGCGGCCGGACGCCCGCUCCUUGUUUCUUCCGCCGCUCUGCCCUGCGUCUCUAUGGUCACGCGGGAGACGCCGCCUCACAAGAGGAAGAGAACCAGCUAGAGCCGGGCUCAGGGAGAGGAGAGAGCGCUCAAGAUGGCGGCGGCUGGAGGCGGAGGGGACUUGGACGGCGGCGGCCACGGCGGCGUCCCAGAGAGUGGCGCCCUCUCCCAGGAAGCGGAGGGCGGCCCGGACGCGGAGAGCGACUCGGAGGUGUUUUCGUGCGUGGCUCACUGCUCCGAGCUGGCCUGGCGGCAGAACGAGCAGCGGCAGUUGGGCCUCUUCUGUGACGUCACGUUGGCUUUCACCGGCGGCAGUAACGGCGGCGCGGAGCAGGAGGCGGCGGAGGAGGGGCGGAGGGAGAAGGGCGCCGGCCUCGGAGCCGCUUUCCCCAGCGCCGAGCCGCCCGCUCGGGAGUUCCGCGCCCACCGCUCGGUCCUCGCGGCCGCCACCGAAUACUUCGCCCCUCUCCUCUCGGGGGACUUCGCCGAGUCCCGGUCGGGCCGCGUGGAGCUGCGCAGAUGGAGCUCCGAGGCCGGGCCGGACCCGGAGACGGUGGAGGCCGUCAUCGGCUUCAUGUACACGGGCCGCGUCCGCGUCAGCCCCGGCAACGUCCACGAGGUCCUGGAGCUGGCCGACAGGUGAGGCGGGUGGCCGGGGUUGGGGGGGUCAUGGGUUCAAGAGGAGGGCGGCUGCUUGGCGGGUUGGUAGCAGUGAUCAGAAACUGAGCGGAACCUUCGUUUAACGUGGAAUGAUACACUUCUUUAAAUAUUAUUCUACUAUUUUUUGGGGUGGGGGUGGGGAAAAUACAUUCAGUGCACUGUUUCUUUUUGAAAAGAAAAGUUUGCGAUUGCUGGCACAUCAAGAUGUAUUGGGAGUAUGCUGUGUCGCACAUUAAGCACAAGAACUGUAUAUUUAUCAGGGUGUUUUUAUGUCAUCUUAAUUGCCCCACCCAUAGUAAAAGGGACAUGCUGACGUAUAUGAUUGACAUGCCCAUACUUUGAAAAGUUUUGGACCAUAGUGGAAUGCCGAAAUAAUAAAAAUUCCAACAGCAUAGAUAGACGUCAGGCAAAUGCAUUCCUCUUCUCCCAGACCGUUGGCCUUUAAUUAUCCGUGGCCUUUUAGAAGUGGGUGGGAUGUAUUUCUUUUUCCUCUUGGUUUUAAUGUAUUAAUUGGGAGGUUGUCUGUUUGGUUGUAAGUUGCUUCGGGUUGCCCUGGUCAAGAUAAUGCAACUCAACAAAUUCGAUGGAAUCAUAGUAAUAUAUUCCAGAGUUGUUCAUUUUAUCAAUAUUUAUAGCAUCUAAUAAGAAGAUAAGUUAUAAGGAUUUGAUAGCACAUUUUUGGUGGCACCUACUAGAAGAACAAUAGUACAAUGUUGGGAGAUAUCUGGAUAAUGUGUCUUGGUAUGGAAACAUAUGGUAUAUAGCAGAAAGCAUAUGGUAUAUAGCAGUAUCAGAAAAAGUUUGUCCGCAUACUCAAAAAAGGAAAAGCACAGCCCCAGGAUGUUAGCACUGUGGGUUGGGACUUUAUAUGCAAUGGACACUGGAGAAUAUGAGGCAUUAUCAGAAGUGGCGAGAAGGGUGUGGCUGGGGCACUGUCUCCCUUCAACUACGGACAAUUAAUUAGAAUACACUUGGAACUAUAAUGCAAGAUUUAGAUAAGAUAUGUGUGAGGGAUACUGUAUCAUUUGAAUCACCUCCAUGAUAGUUUGUGGUUAUAGAUAUAUUUUGUAUUUCAUUUGUUGAGGACCCCCCCCCCCGCCUCCAUGUACUGUCAUUUCUGUCCUCAUGCAUGAAAACUCUCCCUUACCAUGUUCUUUGGUAGACAGAAAAAUAUUAACGCAGAGAGUGCUGAGCCAGUUGUACAUACAGCUGAAGUAAAGACAACCCACCUAGGUCAGUGGGGUAAACUGCCAACCCCAACCUUCGUAUAAAUACAUGAAAUUCUGUGAUGUAUGAUGACUGACUGACAUAUUUUCCCAGUCAUUUCCUUCCUUCCUACCUACCUACCUACCUACAAAGACAAUCAGUCUUUCUGAUUGCCAGUGUGGUGUAGUGGUUAAGAGCGGUAGAUUCGUAAUCUGGGGAGCUGGUUCACGUCUCCACUCCUCCACAUGCAGCUGCUGGGUGACCUUGGGCUAGUCACACCUUUCUGAAGUCUCUCAGCCCCACUCACCUCACAGAGUGUUUGUUGUGGGGGAGGAAGGGAAAGGAGAAUGUUAGCCGCUUUGAGACUCCUUUGGGUAGUGAUAAAGCGGGAUAUCAAAUCCAAUCUCUUCAUAAAUUUAUAACAGGGCCAUGAAUUUAUUUUUAAGAUAUAUGUUUGCAUUAAAUUUGGAUUUUAUUUUAAAAUGGGUUACUUUUUAUAGGUGAAUGUUUUUGAAAUUCACAAGAUUUAAGGAGAAGAUCUGUAAGAAGGAUGGGUUUCUGAAGGGGGAGAAGCUGCCCAAAUGAUAAUGCUGUCCGGUUAGUUGUGACUUUCCAUAUCAUGGAAGUUAGUUCUCGAAAAGGGCCAACAGUUCAGUAGUGGAGCAUAUGAUUGUAAUACAUAUAAGGUCUGAGGUUUAGUCCCUAGUGCAUCUUUACAAAGCAUAUUGGAAAGCGGGACUGGAGGAAAAAAAAUCCGUACUUGAGUCCUUGGGAACCAUUUCUACUUGGAAAAGAGUAGACAAUACAGUGGUGCCCCGCAAGAUGAAUGCCUCGCAAGACGAAAAACUCGCUAGACGAAAGGGUUUUCCGUUUUUUGAGUCGUUCCGCAAGACGAAUUUCCCUAUGGGCUUGCUUUGCAAGACGAAACGUCUUGCGAAUUUGUUUCCUUUUUCUUAAAGCCGCUAAGCCGUUAAUAGCCGCUAAUAGCCGUGCUUCGCAAGACGAAAAAACCGCAAGACGAAGAGACUCGUGGAACAGAUUAAUUUCGUCUUGCGAGGCACCACUGUACUGGACUAGGUGGACCAUUGGGCUGACUGGGUAUAAUGGUAAUAUACUUGUAUAUAGACUGAGUGGAACAAUGAAUUUUGCACAAGAUUGGAGAUGGGUGAGAUGAAACCAUGCAGGUGAAUGUUGAGUUCUUAUUAAAUGUUUCUGCCCCACCUGUAUAAAUCAUGUCCCAUCUGUGUCAUGGUUUUAUGUGACUUUCUAUUUUGUGGAACUGAACAGUUAAAGCAUCUUUAAUGUAGCUACAUGAAGGUGUAGAAAGGGUAAUGUCGCCUGUCCCUAUUAGGUGUUUGUAAAGUGAAAAGCAGGGUACAAGUUGUUAGUUAUAUAGUAUGACGUUUCUUCACUCCUCUCUUUGAGCUAUUUAAAAUAUAUGUAUAUUUCUUUUGCAGGUUUUUAUUGUUGCGUUUAAAGGAGUUCUGUGGGGAAUUCCUGAAAAAGAAACUGAACCUCUCCAACUCUGUAGCCAUCCAUAGCUUGGCUCAUAUGUAUUCGCUGAAUCAACUGGCACUGAAAGCUGCUGACAUGAUCAGGAGGAACUUCUACAAAGUCAUCCAAGAUGAGGAGUUUUUCACUUUGCCAUUUCACCUCAUCAGAGACUGGCUUUCAGAUUCAGAAAUCACAGUGGACUCAGAAGAAGUUCUCUUUGAGAUGGUUUUAAAGUGGGUUCAAAGAAACCCUGAUGAAAGAGAAAAGUACUUUGGGGAACUCUUUAAACUUCUCCGUCUUUCUCAGAUGAAGCCCACUUACUUGACCCGACAUGUCAAAUCUGAAAGGCUUGUAUCCAGAGAUGAAGCUUGCCUCAAUCUUGUGUCAGAAGCAGUAGAAAGCCAUGCUCUCAGGGCUGAGAAUUUGCAGUUAGGCACCCUCCAACAAGUCACUUCUGCAACAUGCCUGCCUCGCUUUGGGCAAAACAUGGAUGUUAUCAUGGUUAUUGGUGGUGUGUCCGAGGGAGGCGACUACUUGAGUGAGUGUGUGGGGUAUUUUAUUGACGAAGAUAGAUGGGUGAAUUUACCUCACAUACACAAUCAUCUCGAUGGACAUGCUGUUGUAGUGACAGAAUCCUAUGUUUAUGUAGCAGGAUCCAUGGAGCCUGGCUUUGCCAAAACUGUAGAAAGAUACAACCCAAAUAGAAAUGUCUGGGAGCAGGUUUCCAAUCUGAUAACCAGGAAGCAUUCUUUUGGCCUUGCCGAGGUAAAAGGGAGCCUGUACAGCAUUGGUGGGCAUGGGAAUUUUAUCCCUGGUUUCAAAGAUGUAGCUGUCUACCACCCUGAUCAAGACAAGUGGCAAAAUUUGGAGUCUGCACCAAAGAUACUUCGGGAUGUCAAAGUAGUCACUGUAGAUGACAGGUUUGUGUAUAUGGCUGCCCGAACCCCGGUUGACGGGGAUAGUGAGGAAGGCUUAAGAGCUGUCAUCAUCCGAUAUGAUGUAGAUGCAAGACAGUGGCAGGAUUCUGAGUCUCUGCCACUCCUGGACAACUAUUGUUGUUUUCAGAUGGCUGUGGCCAACACAAACUUUUACCACACAGCCUCAUGUUGUCCUAGGAGCUACCCACAGGAUCAUGAGGAAGUCAAGAGAAAGAUCUCUAGCCAGGUGUCCGAUGACAUUCUGGAAAGUUUACCACCAGAGGUUCUUAGUAUUGAAGGGGCAGCCGUCUGCUAUUACAAAGAUGAUGUGUUCAUCAUAGGUGGAUGGAAGAACAGUGAUGACACAGACAAACAAUACAGGAAAGAGGCUUACCGCUACUGUGCUGAGAGGAAGCGUUGGCUGUUGCUCCCUCCCAUGCCCCAGCCUCGCUGUCGUGCAACAGCCUGUCAUGUGAGAAUCCCCUUCCGGUCCUUGCAUGGUACCCAGCGAUAUCCAAUGCCGCAAAACCUAAUGUGGCAGAAGGACCGGAUCCGGCAGAUGCAGGAGAUACACCGUCAUUCCUUAAGCUUGCGGAGGAUGCCACGGUCACAGAUAGAGUGCUAACUUGAAUAAAUGGAGUUUGAAAAAUGCCUUUCUGUCUUGCCAUGCUCAGCAUGGUCCUCCAACUGUAACCUAAGCAGUUAUGUUUAGGCACUGAGGAUUAUUGAAGGGGAUCUAGUUUUCUGGGCUUUAAAUAGGUUGGCAGGAUUGUGAGCAUCACAUGUGAACUUGGAUGUAUUUUAGCCAUAAUAUGGAGGUAGGCAUAGUUUUCAAGCUCUUCAAUCCUUUAGUUUCCCCCACAGAUGGGAUGCAGAUAUAGAGCCCAGCAAAAUAAUUGUUCUGGAAAUCUGUAGAUGUGUUCACAGAUGUCCAGUGUCACAGCACAGGCCCUCCCCUCCCUUUCCCUGGAGUUUAUUCCAUUUAGGUGUGGGUGAAGGAGAAUUUCCCAGUGUACUGGAGCUUCUCACUCCUCUUAAAGCAUUUAUACAGGCUGUGUGAAGUAUUUUUUUACUUACUUUAAAAUACUGAUAAAUCUCAUACCAUUUCAAAAGUUGCAUUUUAACCUGUUAGUUUUAUUUGCUUUCGCAAAAUUGUUUUUUUUUUUAAAAAAAAUCUGCAAUUGCUAUGAAUGCGCUUGCUUUUCUUAAACUUGGAGCCAUGUGCAAUAGUUUAAUAACAAACCAACCCCUAUAUAUUAUAAGUAAAGCACAAUCUUUCACAGAACUUCAAAACGUUCCUAUGCUUAUAAAUAUUUUAUAGUUAUAUUUAUCUAGAAGCAUUUGCGUUUACAAAGAGAUUGUGGUGAAAACCGGAUAUUCUAAUAGUUGAAUUAUUUUCAGGCCUAUAUUAAAAGAUUUCAGAGUCCUUACUUUUGAGGGUUUCACUGUAAUUUUUGGUGAUGCCCUUUUCUACUUUGGAGUAGUCCCAUUGAUUUCAAUAAAAUUAAUAUGUAUAUGGUUCAGGAUUGUGGCCUUAAAGGAAUGAGUGGAAAGACCAAAAAGAUAAGCACUACAAGUCCAAAUUCAUAAUCUGAAGGAAUUGGGGGUUCAUUAAUGCAGGGAGAAAGCUCAAUGAACUCUGUGUGUUCAGGUAAGUCUGGUUAGGAAAAAAAACACUCAACCUGCCUUUGACAAUCAAAUAUAUUUGCCUUUAUGAUGCUCCAUUCCUUGUUCUGACUGUGUUGAGUACUUGAGACUGGUUGGAGUGGAACAGUUGCCUCAGUUAUAAUUUUGAUAGUAAGGGUCCAAGUCUCACCAAUGUCUUAAUGGUGUUUUGGCAGAAAAUAAAAUAGAGAAAAAUUAUUUGAGUCUGGUGGAAGUUCUGUGCUGCUUUCGUCCCUCAAAAAAGCAAGGUGUUUGCUUUCUCUAGAAUUUUGUUAAUUUUAUUGGAGAUGUAACUUACUGGUCCAACUUAGGGGCACACUUAAGCUUUAGACCAUUACAGAAUUAUUUCUCAGGCAGGCAAACUGCACAGUAAAUAAUUAAUGAAACUCUGUAAUAUCGUAAGUUGGUCCAACAAAAUAUUUCAUUUUACCUUUGUGAAUUUUGUCCUUUUGGGAUCAAUGUGACCACUUUCUACUGAUACCUUACCAAGUUAUCCAAGGCAGGUUUCUCAUUGAUUUCCUCUGGCCUCAUCACUUCCCUCCCCCUACCCUCCACUGACACCCAAACAUACAGUGGCAGUAUUUAUCCUGCCCCUACUAUUAUCUUCAAUAAAUUACUUCUGGCAUCAUUGUUGACAUGAGGCAGUUGUGCCCCCUCCACUCCACUGUCAGUGUGUACAGAAGCUUAAGGUGUGAUGGUAAAGUUAAAGGGAAGUCCUCAGGUGAGAUCAAGACCUGAGUCAUGCAGUCACUGGGCUCUUGUGUAAGUAGAAUACUUGGAAUAAAAUUGGUCACUAUUUCCAAGUUUCUCCAAAAAAGCUCAAAUGUUAUUUUCCCUGGUUUCUGCCCUUCCUAUGUCUUUUGGUGGUUUCCCCUCUGUUAACUUGUUCAGGUUUAUAUGAUGCUUAAUUCAGGAUAAUUGAGAUGGGACAAGGAGAAAUCAGUAUGUGAGAAAUCUGCAUUGAUCAAGAUUGUUAUGAAAGUUAAUUACAGUAUUGUUAAACAGCAGGGACUUAAAUACUGUCAAUUCUUGUUUUCCAAUUUAGCAAGAAGCAUAACUCAUGUCUGAUACAGUGGGGUAAGUCUUUAAACUGCAUGGGUGUGUACAGGUUUUCUUGACUUGCAUUUGACCCUUAAUAAUUGCCUUUUACAAUAUAUAUUUUGGAUUAGAAUUCUGUGUUCAUUAAAUAACUGUCUUGUUAUCAAGUUCAGACUAACGCAGCCUUGUCAAACAAAGGAAGUCACAAACAUUUAAGAGUCCAGUAGUACCCACUUGCUUGCUUUAAGAUAUAUUGUAUGCACCAGCCAAUUAUUUAUGGAGAAGAUAGAUACUUCAAAAAGCUUCUUGAAAAUUCAGGGCUCAAACAGCCCUGCUAAGUCCAUUGGUAGAGGUACUGAUUAAGAGAAAUACACAGAAUCUUUGCCUAGCAUCAAAUUUUGGAUGCAUCUAUAUGGAAAACAAACUUUAAAAACUGGGAAUUGUGGUUUUUUUACAAGGUCUGAAUGUUGUAUGUUAGAAAUUUCUCACAGCACCAGGAUUGAAUGGGAAAAGCAAUGAGACUUUAAGCAGUUUAAGCUUGUAGUGGAGACACGGCCCUAUGUGUGUCUGUUAAAUGAAACGCUAGCUGAAAUGCAACACAAGUUUUGAGAUUUCAUGACAGAUUAUCUGGCCUGCGGUGCAGAAUGGUUGGUAGUCACCACAAAAGAGUAUAAUCAUAUUGACUGUGUACUGUAUCUGUGCAGUUGUUCAGUCUGGCUGGUAAGCUUUGCUUUUUAAAUUAAACCCUAUGUCACUUUGGAUGUUGCUUGUGAAUGCCAGUCACUUAGUAUACAAGUGUCUACAUGUCUUGCUUUGAGAUUUCUGUUUGCAUGGAGAGUUAAGAGCACACUAGAGAACAGUCCCAUUGUUCCACAUGUAGUGUUAAAUGUUGGGACUUCUUAAUGUAUACUCGGAUGUUAGGCUACUAACUUGCUCCGUUGUUCUGAGUGCCUCUUAGCCCCCCUGAAUAGCACAGCUCAUGUGCUGCAUGCAAAAGCCCUAUCUACUUAGUCAUGUCAUUCCUUGAUGAAACACAGCAGUUGAUAAUUAUUGUUGCCUGGCAAAGGGAAAUCCUGUUGGACCAUCCAGAUUACUCCCAGUUGGUGAAGACUGAUAGCUGUAGGCUACAUUUCUAAACAUCACUGAGAGUCCCAAAUCAUUGGACGUGUACUUCGCUGGCUACGAUAGGGCUACUCACCAUAGAUAGGUCCUUUUGUUCUCAGCAACUUAAAAGACGUCAAGAAAAUUGCAGUUGAGUUACAGAACAGGCAAGCAUGCCAGCUGUCAGACUUGGGAAGACAAUCUCUCUUAAGAUGUACUGAUUCUCUGCUAUGGCUGAAUGCAUGUUUCACACACUGCCUUCUUCUUGUGAUGCUAGUGGACACAGCUAGAUCUUUCUCUGAUGCCUGAGCUGACAUUAUUACUGAAGUAAUACUGUCUGUAGGUUACAUAGUCUUUCCAUUAGUAGAUUUAAACAUCUGUCUUGUGUCUGUGUAUUUCCGUGAGGCUUACCCUUGCACAGUGAGAGUUAACAGUCAUGUCAACGCAAUGUUAUUUCUGUAAUCUCUGCAACAUUGCCACGAAUGACUCCUCUGUGCUUGCUGCAGCCUCUAACCACAGGAGGGCAGAAUUCAUAUAUAAAAAUUAAGAUACCAGUAUUUGCAGUGUGACCAGUGGUCCAUUUUUAGGAGGCCACAUAGAAGUGCUACUAGUAUGAGCACCUAUCAUUUAAUAAUAAUAGUAGUAUUCCAGGGAAACAUCUGCUCACAGAAGCCAAGCUGAAUUGGCGGUAUGCACAUCAGUCUGUUCUGCCUCCCUAUUUCUGGGACACUUGCCACAAAGCUAUCCUAGUUGGAAGCCAUUUUUCUCCUUGCUUCCCCUGAGCCCAGUUAAGGUGGCGUUGAAUGUAAGUCUAAAAGUUAGUUGGUAGUCCCAAUAAUCUCUCAUGGAUCAGUGAACCUCGAAAACAACACAUGGUUUUUUUCUUUCUUCCUCAUUCCAGCCCCAAUUUGCCUUGUGUCUGCUGCUUAAUAAACUGGGUAACAUAAGCUUCAUAUAAUGAAAUGCAGACAUCCAUCCCUUUGGGUAGAGUCCUUUUGAAGCUAUGUCCCUAAAGUCUAUUUUUUAAACCUGCGAAUCAAUAUAUGUUGUACUACGGUUCUGUAACACUAAACUUGAUCUCAAUAAACAUUUUAUUUCUCUAUUUCUGUUCUGACUGCUUCGUGUUAUUGCUCAUAAUUGUUUAUGGAUGUGUUCCAGAACAGUAUUCCCCAACAGUCUGGGGAAUUUAGAUCCCAUUUGUCUCCUGCCUUCAAAUUCAGCUUGUGGUUGGGGCAUUCUUCAGCCAUGAAGGAAAGUCUUCAGUCCCCAUUUUUUAUCCCAGUUUUGGUCACUUGGACAAGAAGAAUGAAUUAAAAUGGACUGCAUCAAAGAUAGUGACUGGGAAUGUUCGGUAUUCAUCAUUUUGUCAGUCUUGUAGCUGUAGAAAAUUGACAAAAGCUUAGCCUACCUGUCCAAGCUGUCUUAUGUUAGCAAAUUACUGUGGGUUGGACUGCAAUUAAAUUAGUUGCACUUUGGUUUCAUUGAAAUCAAUGUGAAGUUAGUCAUAAUGAACUUAAGUUUUCAUGUAGCCUGGAUAACUCAGUUGGUUAGAGCAUGGUGCUGCUAACAUCAAGAUGGCAGGUUUGAUCCCUGUAUGGGACAACUGCUUAUUCCUGCAUUGCAGGGGGUUGGACUAGAUGAUCCUCGGGGUCUCUUCCAACUCUGUAAUUCUGUGUUUCUAUUGAUCAUAACGAGGCCUAUGGAAAAUUAGUCUAGCUCCAAGCUAUUGGGGUGCAAUAAAUCCAGUAUUGGCAAGCAUAUAGGAAUUUAGAAUGUUUCUAUAAAAAGCGCAAAAGUCUGAAAUUCUCUUCUGGGAGUACCC